AUGUUUUCAGUUGCUUUCAUACAAUCAAUCUUUUUCAAUGAAUACUUGUUGAAGAAUCUUGAAUUGGGUUUGGGUGUUCGAGCAUCCCUCACGUCUUUGAUUUACCAGAAAUCUUUGAAACUAUCUUCUGAAGCUCGCCUCAAGGUCUCUUCGGGUGAUAUCAUAAACUUGAUGUCUGUAGAUGUGAACAGAGUUCAGAGUGUCAGUCAAAAUAUCAGUACUUUGGUCCUUGCUCCAGCUGAUAUUGUCAUGUGUAUUAUCUCCUUGUGGCCAUUGUUAGGAAAGGCCACAAUGGCAGGUGUAUUUACUAUGAUCUUAUUGAUUCCUCUUAACAGUGUUAUUAUCAAAUAUCUGAGAAGAUUGAAUAAAACCCAGAUGAAAUUGAAAGACAACAGAAGCAGAAUCAUAAAUGAAAUACUUGUUUCAAUCAAAAGUAUCAAGUUGUAUGCUUGGGAAAAGCCGAUGUUAGCUAAAUUGAGAGAAGCUAGAAAUGAGAAAGAAUUGAAAAACUUACGCAAGAUUAGAAUUGUAAACCAAUGUGCACUGUUGGUUUGGAAUUUGAUUCCAUUUCUUGUUUCGUUUACCUCUUUUGCUACUUUUGCAUUGACUCAAAACAUUCCCUUGACAUCAGAAAUAGUCUUUCCUGCUUUGGCAAUUUUGAAUUUGUUGUCUUCGCCUUUGCUUCAGCUUCCUGCCACCAUAACAAACAUUAUUGAAGGAUCUGUGGCUAUUGAUAGAAUAAAAACAUUCUUAACAAGCUCAGAAGUUGACGAGUCCUUGUUGAACCACAUGCCGCAUCCAGCUAAAGAAAAUGAAGUUGCUAUCAGUAUCGAAAAUACUUCUUUCUUGUGGUCGCAGGGAACGUAUUCCGAUGACACAACUGAUACCCGUAGGUUUGCCUUGAAGGACAUUAACUUUUCUGUUCGCAGAGGAGAGUUAUCUUGUAUUGUAGGCAAAGUUGGAAGUGGGAAAUCGUCACUUCUUUACUCUCUACUUGGGCAGCUAAUUAUGGUUAAUGGAGAAGGCAACGGCGUUCCUGCUGUUAAUAUUAAAGGAACUAUUGCCUAUUGUGCACAACUGCCUUGGAUAAUGAAUGCCUCUGUUAAGGAGAAUAUUCUAUUUGGAUGUAGGUAUGAGAAAGACUUUUAUGAGAGAACCUUAGAUGCUUGUCAGCUAUUGCCAGACUUAGAAGUGUUACCUGAUGGUGACGAUACGCAAGUUGGAGAGAAGGGUGUUUCUUUAUCAGGGGGUCAGAAAGCAAGAUUGGCUCUAGCACGAGCAGUAUAUGCUCGUGCAGACAUCUAUUUAUUUGAUGAUAUUCUUAGUGCCGUUGACUCUCAUGUUGGGAAGAAGAUAAUCCAGAAAGUUUUGAGCAAAUCAGAAGGAUUGUUGGCUCAUAGUACAAUAAUUCUUUGCACGAACUCUAUUUCUGUAUUGAGUUAUUCUGACAACGUUACUUUAAUUGAAAAGGGCCAUAUCAUCGAAACCACAAGCUACGAAGAUAUUAAGUUAGGAAACCACCCUAAAUUGUUCGACUUGAUUUCCGAAUUUGGAAAUAGUGAUAUUUCCAAAACUCCCUCAGUUUCCGAAAGCAAUUUCAAUGUAGCUGCUAGUAUUGAGACCUUAAGGUGGGACCCACUUAAGAAGUUAUUACCCAACUUGCGUAGUGGUCAAAUCACUGAAGAAUCACAAAAAGGUAAGGUUAAAUGGUCCGUCUACCAUGCCUAUGCGAGAGCCUGUUCUAUUCCAGGAGUUGCUGCUUGGUUUGGCUUAUUGAUCCUUGCAUCAUUUGUUUCUGUUGGCGGAAACUAUUGGCUCAAGUACUGGACCGAAAAGAAUUCUCAAUCAGGAAAGAACGUCAGUGUUUGGAAGUUUAUCACCGUCUACGCUAUAUUUGGCUUUGGUGCCAGUACAAUGUCGGUUUUGAGAAGCUCUGUCAUGAUGUUAUGGUUGGCUAUAAAUGCAUCAAGGGAGAUUCACGAUAUGAUGGCGACGAGAAUUCUUCGUGCUCCAAUGGACUUCUUCGAGAGAACACCCGUAGGAAGAAUAAUGAAUCGAUUCACUAAUGAUAUGAAUAGAGUAGAUGAUUCUAUUCCAGGUGUUUUCCAAGGUUUUGUUGUUCAAUCAAUAAGCGCGUUGAUUACUUUCGGUGUAAUAGGCUUUGUAAUGCCAUUCUAUAUCAUUGUCAUCGCAGUUCUUUCUUUGGGAUACGUUUACUAUGAUGUCUAUUACAUUGCCUUAUCAAGAGAAUUAAAGAGGUUAGUCUCCAUAUCAAGAUCUCCAAUCUAUGGUCAUUUGGGUGAAAGUUUGAAUGGACUUGACACAAUUAGGGCAUACAAUCAAGGUGUGAGAUUUGAUUUCAUUAAUAAUGCCAAUGUGGAUUGUAAUCUUCAAACGCAGUAUAUGUUGAGAUCGAUUAACAGAUGGUUGAUGUUCAGAUUGCAGUUGAUCGGGUCUCUAGGAGUGCUCGGUGCUGGAUUGUUGGCGUUAAUGACAAUCUUUACAGCUUCUCCGUUAACAUCUUCUAUGGCAGGGUUCAUAAUGACCUACGCCUUGGAGGUGACUGUCUCAUUGAAGAUGAUGGUGAGACAGUCGGCAGAAGUGGAAACAAGUAUUGUUGCUGUGGAGAGAUGUUUGGAAUAUAGUACUCUCCCUGUUGAAGAAGAUAUAGAAAAUAAGACCUUGAUUGUCCCACCAAUUCAGUGGCCAAAUCGAGGUUCCAUAGAAUUUGUCAAUUAUUCUACCAGAUAUAGAGCAAAUCUUGAUCUUGUCUUGCGAAACAUAUCCAUGAUUAUAAAUUCCGGAGAAAAGGUUGGUAUUGUCGGUAGAACCGGAGCUGGUAAGAGUUCGCUUGCCUUGUCUAUUUUCAGAAUUAUCGAGGCUGUAGAAGGGAACAUCAAUAUUGAUGAUAUAGACACUGGCUCAAUUUCAUUGUACGACCUAAGACAUAGACUAAGCAUUAUUCCCCAAGAUUCGCAGUUGCUAGAAGGUACUGUCAGACAGAACCUUGAUCCCUUCAACUACUAUACUGACGAAGAAGUGUGGAAGGCAUUGAAAUUGGCGCACCUUAAGGAUCAUAUCGUUAACUUGAAAGAGACUGAAGGUGAAACACCAGAAUCAAAGUUGGAUUGUAAAGUGUAUGAAGGAGGAUCCAAUUUUUCACUGGGCCAAAGACAAUUGAUGUCUCUUGCCAGAGUUUUAUUGAAGAUGACCAACUCGAAGGUGUUGGUGUUAGACGAAGCUACAGCAGCCGUCGAUGUCCAAACAGAUAAGAUUAUUCAGGAGACGAUCAGAGCUGAAUUCAAGGACAAAACGAUCAUCACUAUCGCGCACAGAUUAGAAACAGUUAUGGACUGUGACAGAAUUGUAAGUUUGGACAAAGGAGAGCUCAAAGAAUAUGAUAGUCCACAGAAUCUCUUGAAGAACGAAAAAAGUAUAUUCCAUAGUCUCUGUAAGCAGGGUGGAUAUAUAUAA